AUGCCUUUCGGUAGACAUGCCUACCGGCAUGCACUGAAACCACCUGCAACCCCCACAUUCGACCACCUGUGGAUCAGCGAUGACCUACUCGCAGCCACGUUCCGUCGGUUCGCGAACGGCCAGCGGCGUCAUGGGAGCUGUGUCCCUGGACCUCUAGAGGCACGAAGACGUCUUGCGAAGCGGCGGAAUACUGCUCUAGCUGGAUUUGGAGGUAAUCCCGCUGAGGACAUCUCGUGUUUAUUUGGAAGAUAUGGACGGGAGCAUAUGAAGUGGACGGAUCAUCCGUGGCAGAGGGCUCAGUUUGAGACUCAGGGCUUGGUCAAUCACUCCUUAGGAACUGAUUCUCCGUUUCCUUUCUCUGAUCAGAACCCUGUGCCCGAACCCAGCGAAUUUCGUGUUCCCAAUGUUUCGUCGAGGCCCGUUAGAACAGAUUAUGACACGACAAAGGAGAUACUGGAGGACUUUUUAAGUGGCAGUGAUUGGGGAAUUGAUGAUGCUCGGGAUUUCACCCGUCGAUUGAGGAUUGAUCUUCAACGGGAACCAAGAUACAGCCGACAGAUAUUCGAACGUUUACUCACUCGUGCGGACCCGAAGCUUACAGAAGCAAUUGCAUUCCUCGAUGAUCCGUUCUUAAACACCCGAGGCUCUGGAAAUUAUGUUGCGGCAGUUGAAAUCUUUGUCCGGGGACAAGAAAAGGUCGCGAAACGAUCCGCCGUCCUGGAUGCGAUCAACCGUGCAUUGGAAUUGGGGUUGAUUUCGACCGAAGAGAUUUGCAUGAUUAUUACUGCUCUGCCAAAUAUCGCCAUUGCACGGAAGCAGACGUUGGCAUCCGGGAACCAGAAGAAGCUGUUGAAGCACUACCAGGCUAUGUGGAAAGCUAUCGGUUCUUGCAAUAUUCUCGGAUAUCACGAUCUGGACAGAAAGAUUGUUGAUGCUUGGCUUGGCGAGCUCCUCAGUAUGCGCAGCUUUGACUUUGCCGAAGAAGUCAUCAUCGAAACCCAUGAUGCAAGCUCUCGCACCCAGUGGCCUUCUCUUCUAGUUCAAACUUGGCUAGAAGCUAUGGGAGAAGCUGAGUCAGAGACUGGCCUGCCAUACCCUGAUAAGAUUUUUACCCAAUUGGAUGUGAACUGUGCUGCGGACUGUGUCAUCCGUGUGACCGAGUCCCUAUUAUCCUCCCCAGCAAAUAGAACUUCCAGAAACCGUAUGAUCCAACGGUGGAAGGAUUGCCUUUCGAGGAUUACAGCUGUCUGGACUGUCGCAGAGUCACAGGUCUGGUUCGAUUUUCCUCUUCCAUCGGUUCAAGCAUCACAGGAGCAGGCCCCUCUGAGCCUUUCAACGCAACGUCAGAUCGUCUUGCGACUCUGGCUUCUACGCAAUAUCAGUCGAUCUAUGGGGCCAAUGUACAGCAAAGUGGCCCGCACAACAGAUCGACCAAUUUCCUCGUUGCUCAACCUCUUUGAACUCGUGGCCCAAUCCACGAAUGGAUCUUUCUUCGCAGACUUGAUGCGGGAGAUUCACGCCCUCGACCUCCCAUGCAACAGUCUUUUACCGCUAGCCCUCAACACAAAGGGCAAAAAUGCCAUUACUAAAACUACUCGUGAUACCCUCUGGCGAUUAGAAACCGCCCAGCUUUCCUUAGCUGAAGUAUGGACAAACCCGACCAUCUACAAGGGAGUCCAAAAACUGUUCCACGGCACAUUCGAACAAAUGUUCCAACGCAUGAAUCUCACCAACCCAGCCACGGCAGAUGAAUUAGUGCAUGUGGCCAGAACAGGAGACUCAGACAGCAUCUGGGCCGUCCUCAGAAUAAUAAACAACAACACCGCGUUCAAGCUUUCCCUCACAAAAGCUUGGAUCCCCAUCCCACACCCGGACGAGAAAGUCCUCGUCCGCUAUCACCCGCCUCAAACUGUGUACCCCGAACCCCAUGCUGCAGUUGACCUGAUCAACAAACUGGCAAUCGCAAUCUCUUGCUGUGAAUCCUUGUCUCCGUGCCAGGCCUUCCAUAUGGUCCACUGGCUCUACAGUUUCCUUCGCAGACACAGUGGCCCUGUUGAUCCAGAGUUCUGCCGGGCAUUGUAUCAUGCUGGCGUUACUCGGUACCGUCGUGAUGGUGGUUACGUUUCGGCUACCCGGUACGAGUAUAUCUUGUGGAUCAUUAGCAAGUUCGAGGGCCCUGAGGUUGCCAAGCAACUCAGCUCCUUCGGUGCUCUCAGAGAGUCGAUGGCUUUUGAUGACGAUGAUGAUUGUUAA